UGAUAGUUCAAAAAGAAAAAUGAGAGAGCAAACAUGACGUACGAAACACUCACGUCGCUCUGUGGCCACACGCUCGUCCGUCGUCCCUGUCCCACUGUGUGAUUCCCUUUUCUGAUUAGUGAACGGGAGAUGAGAAAAAGAUCGAUCUAAAUUGUCAUAUAAGUACCUCGAGUGCCUCGCAUUUUGCAUUAUCUUGUUGAUUUCUGCGUGUGGAGAGUGCUCGAGGAAAUGUGGAAGCUGAAGAUCGCAGAGGGAGGGAGUCCAUGGCUGAGAACGACGAACAAUCACGUAGGGAGACAAGUGUGGGAGUUCCAUCCAAAUCUUGGAUCUCCAGAGGAGCUUAGGGAAAUCGAGAAUGUUCGAGAAAACUUCUCCAAGCAUCGGUUCGAGAAGAAACACAGUUCAGAUCUACUCAUGCGUAUGCAGGGAGACCGCUGCGUGCUCCAGAAGUAUUUUCUUUGGGUGGAAACCGCAUGGAUAACAAUGUUUUUUUUUUUCUUCUUUUGUUUCAAACUUAGCAAUUUUGAGUUUGCUAAAGAGAACCCACUCGAAAAAGUUCUACCUCAUGACAAACUAAAAGAUUCAGAAGUUGCUACUGAGGAGAUAGUUACAAACACAUUAAGGAGGGCUAUAAGUUUCCAUUCAACUCUCCAGGCACAUGAUGGUCAUUGGCCUGGGGAUUAUGGAGGUCCUAUGUUUCUUUUGCCUGGCUUGGUAAUCAGCCUAUCAAUAACUGGAGCAUUGAAUGCGGUUUUAUCUGAAGAACAUAAACGGGAGAUGUGCCGUUAUCUCUACAAUCAUCAGAAUGAAGAUGGUGGGUGGGGUUUGCACAUUGAGGGCCCUAGCACAAUGUUUGGUUCUGUCUUGAGCUAUGUUACAUUAAGGUUGCUUGGUGAAGGAGCUAAUGAUGGGCAAGGGGCAAUGGAGAGAGGACGGGAUUGGAUUCUGAGCCAUGGUGGUGCUACUUCGAUAACAUCAUGGGGGAAAAUGUGGCUUUCAGUGCUUGGAGCAUUUGAAUGGUCUGGGAAUAAUCCCCUACCACCUGAGAUAUGGCUUCUUCCUUAUAUUCUACCUGUCCAUCCAGGAAGAAUGUGGUGUCACUGCCGGAUGGUCUAUCUACCUAUGUCUUAUUUAUAUGGAAGGAGGUUUGUUGGUCCAAUAUCUUCAACAGUCCUGUCAUUGAGAAAGGAGCUUUACACUGUCCCAUAUCACGAAAUAGAUUGGAAUCAAGCUCGAAACCUUUGUGCAAAGGAAGACUUGUACUACCCACAUCCAUUGGUGCAAGAUAUGCUUUGGGCAGCACUUCACAAGGUUGUUGAGCCCAUUCUAAUGUAUUGGCCUGGAAAAAGAUUGAGAGAAAAGGCACUUCGGACUGUAAUGGAGCACAUACACUAUGAAGAUGAAAAUACUCGUUAUUUAUGCAUUGGACCUGUGAACAAGGUGUUAAAUAUGCUUUGCUGCUGGCUGGAAGAUCCAAAUUCAGAGGCUUUCAAGUUGCAUCUCCCAAGAGUCUAUGACUACCUUUGGAUAGCAGAGGAUGGCAUGAAAAUGCAGGGCUAUAAUGGAAGUCAACUGUGGGACACUGCCUUCGCUGUCCAAGCAAUUAUUGCAACCAAUAUUUUUGAAGAAUAUGGUCCAACUUUGAGAAAAGCACAUUCAUACAUAAAAAGCUCGCAGGUCUUAGAGAAUUGUCCUGGCAAUCUUGAUUCUUGGUAUCGCCACAUUUCCAAGGGUGCUUGGCCUUUCUCAACUGCAGAUCACGGAUGGCCAAUUUCAGACUGCACAGCAGAAGGAUUGAAAGCUGCACUCUUGUUAUCAAAAAUACCCUUAGAGGUUGUUGGAGAACCAGUAGAUGCCAAGCGGUUAUAUGAUGCCGUAAAUGUGAUUCUUUCGCUGCAGAAUGCUGAGGGUGGCUUCGCGACAUAUGAGCUAACAAGAUCGUAUGCAUGGUUGGAGAUGAUCAACCCUGCUGAAACUUUUGGUGAUAUCGUUAUUGAUUACCCUUAUGUGGAGUGUACUUCAGCUGCUAUUCAAGGUUUGUCAUCAUUUAAACAGUUAUACCCCGGACAUAGGCAAGAGGAAAUAGAUAAAUGCAUCAAGAAGGCUGCUAGCUUCAUUGAAAAGAUACAAGAAUCAGAUGGCUCAUGGUUUGCCUCGUGUUCUAAAAAAUUUGCUCUUUAGAAGAUAAUUGUUUGCUCCACAAUCUUGCUGCUUUUUCUUUCUUUCUUUCUCUAAAUGCAUUUUAGAACUUGAGAUUGCUUUUCAACAUAGAUAGUUGUUUUGGAUUCAGCAAAUUAUAGUACUAGACCCAACAAAAGAAUCCUAUCCUGUGUUUGAUGGCAAGGAGAGAUCUGGACAAUUUAAAAAUUGUCAAAGCAGGUAUCAAAUUUGUUCCCUGAACGUGGUGGAAAUAAUUUGCUUUCCAUAAAAAAGACACCAACUUAAUUUUUUAAA